GUUAUUUUGAGUCGCUCUAGAAACCUGUCAACCUCUAUGGUGAAGACAGAGUGACAGCUCCGAGCACCUGAGGGAGACAUGUGAAGAGUACAUAACCGAAUGCAUCUGUGACACACAGGUGACCCUUCCACAGGAAUCUACUGCGGGCAACUGACAAGACCCACAGUGUCCACAUGAGUCUACCUUCCUUCUUGUUAGGGCCAGUAAGCAGAAUCUGUCAUGAUGGAGGAGGGACCUCCCAAACUGGUGGAUUAUUUUGUAGUGGCAGGGCUCACUACAAAUUUACAGCCUCUGGAGGAAGAAUGCCGCCAGCGUCCUACACGACCCACAGAGCCCAUCACAGAUCUGGCAAUCAUCAUCAGGUCUUUGUCUGAGGAGGUUCCACAUGGCUUCACCUGCAUAGAGAACACUCCAGGUGGACAUGCAGCAGAUCUCAGCUCUGGCUUACUUACUAACCAACAGAUGUAUCUGUGCUACCGCAGGGGCAGGGAUAAACCUCCUAUCACAGAACUAGGUUUACAUUAUGAUGGAAAGGAGAGUCUCCGGCCUGGCUUCCAGAUAAUUGAUAAUACCCCGUACAGUCACUCUGCUAACCUGAGUUCCGGAGGACCAGGUCAUCAGCGAUCUUACCUGACAUUCAAACGGGCCCCUGAGUCCCUGGGUGUAAAUACUCUGGGUGUGAUGGAUAUCUGUAUCAUUAACCCCAGCAAGGGGGAGAGCACACCUCAUACCUUCUGCAAAGUGGACAGGAACCUCAACACCAGCAUGUUUGGUCCUGAUCUGUUCCUUUGUUACAAGAAAGCUAUGACCAAGACACACAGUCUAGUGUAUGAAGCAGGUGUGAUCAGCCGGUUUCCAGAUACAGAUAGUGAAAUGUUUCCGUUGCCUGAGCUAGUGCCGAUCUUUUGUCUGCCGAUGGGAGCUACAAUCGAGAGUUGGCCACUGAGUACAAAGUAUCUGCCUGUCUUCUCUACAUUUGUACUGACUGGGGCAUCUGGUGAGAAGGUAUAUGGAGCUGCAAUACAGUUUUAUGAGCAGUACCCCAGAGAGUGCCUGAGUGAAAAACAGUGCCAGGUCCUGGGACUGCUUAGUGUGGUGGACAAGCGCCCAGUGACCAACAAGUCCGUCCAGACCAAGAAGAGUAUCUGUGUCUUGUCCCACUGGCCCUUUUUUGAUGUUUUCCAGAAGUUCUUGACAUUUAUCUAUCGCUACUCCAUCUCUGGACCCCAUGUGCUUCCCAUAGAGAAACACAUCUCCAAUUUUAUGUUCAACGUCCCAUUUCCUUCUCCCCAAAGACCCCGUAUCCUGGUGCAGAUGUCACCUUAUGACAACGUUCUUCUGUGCCAGCCAGUGUCUUCCCCUUUGCCACUCAGUGGAGCUAGUUAUGCAACUGCUCUUCAAAACUUAGGUCCUGAGAAUGUAGUAAUUCUUCUUCUCGCCGUGUUGACAGAACAUAAAUUGCUUAUCCACUCUCAGCGACCAGAUGUGCUGACCAGUGUAGCAGAGGCUCUAGUGUCUGUUAUAUUCCCAUUGAGGUGGCAAUGUCCGUACAUCCCCCUGUGUCCUCUCACCCUCUCAGAUGUGCUGUCUGCGCCAGUGCCCUUUAUUGUGGGUAUUCAUUCUAGUUACUUUGACCUACAUGACCCUCCUCAAGACGUCCUCUGUGUGGAUUUGGAUACCAAUACUCUGUUCAAGAGUGAGAAGAAGAUCCCGUCAUGUAAGGUGCUACCUCGCAAGCCCUACAAGGUGCUACUGAACUGCCUGACUGACCUGCACAAACAGCUGGAUGAAAUGUAUAACAAACCGAUGGAGGAGGCUUCUUUGGAAUUCCUUCUGAAAGAUUAUGAUCUGAUUUAUGGACGGCGUACACAGCUGGAGUUGGAUAUACGGGCUUCAUUCUUGCGUUUUAUGGCUUGUCUGCUAAAGGGUUAUAGAUCCUAUUUGUUACCAAUCACCCAGGCUCCCUCUGAGCGGACAUGGGAUUCCAGUAAUCUCUUUAAUGUGGAAGGUUUCCAGAAAUCCCGUGACAAAGCUCACUGGAAGUUUUAUAUCCAGUUGAUGAAGACACAGAUGUUUACUCAGUUUAUUGAAGAAUGCUCUUUUGUCAGUGACCGUCAUGCAUCGCUUGAGUUCUUUGAUAACUGUGUGGCAAAGGUGCAUGUGGAUGGAGAGAAGAUGGAGGAUUUUCAACUUGUGGAGUUGGAUGAAUCCCAUCGGAGUGAACAUACAGUUUUCAUCAUGCCUGCAGAGUUACCACAGGAUCCCAAUGGUACAGAACCACCCGCAAAAUACAGUUAUGACAGCUUUCCCAACCUGCAGAGGGAUCUGUUUGACCUUCCUCAAGAUUUGCUGACAGCUCCUCCAAGCCAAUCUAAAAGCAGCGCUCCAAGCAGCCCAGCCCCACGCCGGACCAAGCAGGAGAUCAAAUCAGCUCAGAAGGUGGCCCAGAAAUAUUCCUCUAUGCCUGACAUGUGGGCAAAAUGUUUGCUUGGGCACUGCUAUGGUCUUUGGUUCAUCUACCUACCCACAUUUGUGCGUGCUACAACUUGCAAGGUUCAAGCCCUACAGACAGCCUAUGAUGCUCUUAAACAGAUGGAGACGAAGAAGGUGGUGCUACCUGAUGAGGUGUGUUACCGUGUCCUGAUGCAGUUGUGUGGUCAGUAUGGUGAACCAGUGCUGGCAGUGAGAGUGAUGCUGGAAAUGAGAAAAGCUGGAAUUGUACCAAAUGCAAUCACCUACGGAUACUACAAUAAGGCUGUUCUUGAAAGUAAGUGGCCAUCAAGCAAUCAGAAUGGGAGACUCCGUUGGGCCAAACUGCGGAACGUGGUGCUGGGGGCCGCUCAGUUUCGUCAGCCACUUAAGCAAAAACAGAAACAACUGGAACCUUGUACAGUGCAGCUAGAAAGUGAGGAACCUGCAAAUUAUAGGUCGCAAAGGCUUCAGAGAAAGGGGAGCCCAGUAUUAGAGUUGCCCAGCUAUCUGAGCCUACAUCGGCAAAGCACCUGGUCUGGAAGUACAUUCAAGGACUCAAAAUACAUUUCCCAGGAAAAACUGGUGAAGAGCUGGAGUGUUAGUUGCACGUAUAGUGACAACCUCAUGAUCGAGACGGGAAUAACUGAAUUAGAUGCUCUGCAAGCUGAGAAAGUCUCCAGAAGAUCAGAUUUAAGUUCCUCAUUGAUGGUGUCCCUCCAAAGGUCCUGUGACACUUCUCUUAACUUAAGACCCUCAGGGAAUGGUAGCCUUUCUAAUGUGAGUUACUUGACCGAUGGGACAGGUAGUGACGCAGUCACUGCCUCUGAUGACUUGGAUCUCCCGUUGACAGAAAGUUCAGUAGAGACAGGAACUUCGGACAGCUCCCAGAGCAGAGCUGGAGAGGUGGAAGAAAGUACCAGAGCUAGGGGCGUGGCUGGACGCAGAAGCUUUGCUGGAAAAAUACAGCAGCUCCUUACCCCUUCAAGGAAGCAAUCUCGGAUGUCUGUUGCAAGGAAAAAGUCCUCCACUGCAGAGGCCCGAUCUUCACAAUUAUUAGACCAGUACCGUAGCAGGAGGAGUCAUAGUGAAAGUUCAAGAAGGCCUGAAUCAACUGCCUCUGAGAGCUCAGCAUCCUUGGGAAGUGAGGCUGAUCUAUCAGACAUCUCAAUGUUUGUCAUUCAUAAGUCUGUUGACCGUUUGACUGAAGGAGGACAAGAGGUACCAACCGCAGAGGUAGUGCUAUCCAGUUGCUCACUUUGUCCAGCGUGUCAGUCCCUUGUAUAUGAUGAAGACAUCAUGGCCAGCUGGACCUCUGAUGAUUCUAAUCUGAAGACAGUCUGCCCUUUCUGUUCCCAGCAUUUUGUGCCCUUUCUACAAAUCCGCAUCACAGAUCUUCAAAUGCAUCGGAGUACUUAUGAAGAUUCCUCAUGCCAGCCUACAGAUGAAGAUCCUAAUGAUUGUGGCCCUGUCCUUAGUGACCGUUACCAGUGUCUUUUGUUGGAUGAGGUUUCAUCAAAACGAAGUCAUUGUAAUGGUUUUUAUGAUCUUCAGCUGUCAUCUGCCCAAAACCGGAGUUCAGAGAUGUUAACAGUCGAAUAUCUUUGUCCUCUGGUACUUCGCAAAGAACUGGAGAGUCUGCUGGAAAAUGAAGGAGGAGAGUUUCUGUCCCAGUCUGAGUUUGUUAACAAUCAUCCCAUCAUCUACUGGAACCUGGUUUGGUACUUUCAGAGGAUGACACUACCCAGUAAUCUGCUGCAGCUCCUCCUGCUAUCCAAACAUGUCCGACCGCAGCAACAGGUUUCCAGUUCACACCAUGUGAGCAUUCACUUAUUAUGGGAUGUUUUAGUUCAGGACCCUGACCGCUGGCCUCCUCUUUAUGUUUUGUGGAAACUACACAGAAACCUUCCAUCCCACCUGCAUGGCUGGCGCCUACACUCUCACCCUUUCACUAUGGAAUUUCUUGAAAAAGUCCUAAAUUUUAUAGGGCUAAAUGAGGUGCAUAAAGCUAUAUCCUUAAUUCUGAACACACUGCAAGAGCAGAAUUCACCGCCACAAAUCAUUCAGAGGGGGAUAUACAGAGAGAUGCUUCUCCUAACUUUUGCUGCUCUGGGGAGGGAACAUGUAGAUAUUGCUUCAUUUGAUAACAAAUACAAGACAGCCUUCAAGAAGUUAGGAAAUUCCAUGGGAAAAGAAGAGCUGCGAAAAAGGCGAGCCCAGCUACCAAGCCCCAAAGCACUGGACUGCCGUAAGACAUUUGGUGCCACUUUAGAAUGCUGAAAAGUUCUGUGCAUGGGUGAAUUGCAGGUCCUGGAACUAUGUGUCAGACAGAGUAUAUGUGUUUGAAUAAAAUGGUGACCUCAUGCAGAGCAAAUGGACUGCAGAACAACAUCACUGUGAUUUCCCUCAGAAGCUUGUCCUGAUUUUUGGAGGAAGGUGAAGACAUGCAGAUGCCAACAAGACAGCAGGCAACGUCACUACUGAACAUACUCUCCAUAUUACAUUGUUAUCCAUCCACUAACACACUGAAAAAAACAACAACUCCCACUUACCAUGAUCUUCCAUCAGAGCUUCUUCAGUUUCAAGAAAUGGGUGCCCAGGAUCCUGUGAAUAUUUUUUUCUGUGCUGAAGCUUUUAAGUCCAGGAUCAACAUUGCAUGUGACUGUCAUAGUAUAAUAGUAGUAGGGACAUGCGUAUCACUGCCAGUUGUUAGCCCACGUGAAUGUUUAACAUCAACAGUUCUUGCUUCAAAGGGUUAACCAAAUAUGCCAACCUACAGCAUUUGAAUCUUUGGAUUUUUUUCUGGGUAUCUGAACAUGUUAAUGUCACUAGGCAUGUAAACUAGAACCAUUUUUUAUGCCAGGGUAUAAUAGACUCCAGUUUAGUAAAAGUGGCAAAGAAUUGUAUUUUGCGCCAAGGACUUGUCUUCCAAAGACGAUGGUGGAAACUGCUGCUGUAUUUACCUUAACAAACCUCACAGGGAUGCCCACUGCUAGAUUUUAGUUUCUUGCCAAAGCUUAGCUCCUCGCCAAUGUCAAGAAUUCCUCCUUUACAUUUCAUUGUGUUGUUUUAACCUUGCAGAUUUCUAAGCUGAGUGUGUAAAAAAAAAUCUGUUUUGUCAGUAUUAUUAAGAUAUGUAUAUGUUUCUUUUAUUUAUUGAGUGUGAUUUAUCAUUUUUUUAUGGCUUGAAGUUUUUUUUUUUUUACCUCUAUAGUAUUAACCAUGUGCUGGCCCCUUCUGGCACUUGCUGCAGUAAUGUCUGUAGAUGCAGAAUGGUCAGGCCUAUUUUAUUGUUUCUGUAGUUGAACUGAUAGCCAGUGGCUUUCCUUUUUUUUACCCUCUUGUUUAACGUUAAGGCAGAAUAAUCUCUAAUUACCAAAUCACAAAACACAUAUAUGGGUGUUUUAUUUUAAUAUAAACAUUUUAUCAUUUUGUUAUCCAAAGUCUUUCUGAUAUUUCUACAUACAGGAGAAAACAAAGUAUUGUAAGAAUGUAUAUUAACCUUCUGAGCUGCAGUCUGCGUACGAGUAGCAUGGUUUGAGGGUAGCUAAUCCCCCAGUGUUCAGUGCAAUAUGUUUGGGGACCCACUAACUGGAAGCUUUUUAUGUCUUGCUAAAAUAAAGUGUCUGUAUCACACA